GAUUGAGGAGUACAAAUAGAGAGGUAGAGAGACAUGAGAUCGUACUCUGGAAAACUAAUGCGGAGAAGGAAGACACGGAGAAGCCGAAGGAUCUGCAGGGAAAUUUUUUUUAAUUUUUGAAGAAACGACAGAGAAACCUUAGUCCCAAACCGAUCGUCGAAAAUGGCCUGGUAUACUGAUAUAGACACUGUCUAUGUCCCUUUGAAUUGGGGAAAUAGGCACUGGGUUGGUGCUGUGAUACAGCUGAAGAUGGGGAAAGUUUUAAUCCUGGAUCCCCUAAUCAGUUCCAAUGACGCCAAGAAACUACCGCGGCUUUUGAAACCUCUAGUGGAAAUGCUCCCAGUCAUUAUCAGGGAAUUUGCUGAGACAGAUGGUAUUGAUUGCACGCUCCCUGAAACGUUCACCUAUGAAAGACUUGUAAAUGUGCACCAGAAUAAACGCACCGGAGACUGUGGCCCAUUAACGGUUAAGUUUAUUGAACUACACGCACGAGGAAUGGGGUUGGACGAACUGACAGAUGCGAAGGUGGAAGAGAUGAGGAUGCGAUUCGCUAUUGAUCUCUAUGAAGAAUGCACAAUGAAGGAUAAAAAAACAAAGCGUAAAAGAGUGAAGGCAACUAUUCAGAGCAAUGAAUCAAAGAGGAACCUCACGAGUUCUGAACGCCAUCAUCUCGAGCACAUGAUUGCAUUGAUGCUCCCGUUUCUGGAUAAGCUAGUUAAAGCUCAGGAAGAAGAGAUUGAAUUUGAGGCAAAUAUUAAAGGAUUAUCGUCUUUUGCAGUUGAGGCAAACCAUACUAGCUCCAUGGAUGAACGCGUAUUCUGUAAUCACUGUGCAACUUCAAUUUUUGACUUGCACCGAAGCUGCCCAAACCCAAAUUGCGAGUAUGAGCUUUGUUUAAACUGCUGUAAAGAGAUUCGCGAAAGAUUUCUUUCUCAACGACCCGAAAUAUUACAAUAUCAAUGGAAAGGAGAUCAAUAUAUGCACGGUUUGAGUGAUCCAGAAACAGGCUCCAGUUUUGAUCCUGAGGACAGAGAAGAACCCGUUAUUUGGCAUGCUAAGGAAAACAGAGUCAUUACUUGUGCACCAACAGAGCUAGGUGGUUGUGGUAGUGAUAGAAUUUUGGAGCUUAGACGAAUCUUACCGCUGCAAUUUAUGUCAGAAUUGAUACAAAAAUCAGAGGAUUUCAGGGUUUCAUACAAUAAAAGCAGCUUCGAGGAAGCAGCUCUACUUGGACACUCCAACUGUAGGUGUCCUGAUUUGGAAGCCUAUAUGAAGAGAAAAGCAGCUUCGAGGGAGAAUUCGAGCGACAACUACCUGUUCUCUCCUGAAUCUUUUGAUGUGUUUAAAGAAGAAGAGCUUCUGCAUUUUCAAGAGCAUUUGGCAAAAGGCAAACCAAUAAUUGUUAGGAAUACUCUCAAGAACACACAUUGUGUAAGCUGGGAACCGAGAGUUAUGUUGGAAGGUUGUAAGAACAUAAGAAUAAUGGAUUGCUUAGGUGAAAGUCAAGUCAAAAUUAAACCCUCCGAAUUCUUUGAUGGUUACAAGAAAGGAAGAAGACAUGAAAACCAAUGGCCUCAGAUGUUGAAGGUAAAAGACUGGCCUCCUAAAGCGAAAUUUGAAGAUUUUUUGCCUCUUCACUGCAAGGAGUUCAUAUGUGCUUUACCUUUCCAAGAGUAUACCAAUCCAAGAACCGGAAUUCUUAACAUUGCAGCAAAUCUUCCUGAAAAACUUCUCAAACCAGAUUUGGGCCCCAAAACUUAUAUUGCCUAUGGGACCUCAGUUGAGUUAGGGAGAGGUGAUUCUGUGACUAGGCUUCACUGCGAUAUGGCAGAUGCGGUUAACAUACUGGUACAUGAAGCUGAAGUUACAUUAGAUGAAAAUCAUUUAUCUUUGGUUGAAGAUUUGAAAAAGAAGCACAAGGAGCAGGACAAGCUUGAAAAUGUCGGUACUACUGGGUGCCUCAGCUUUGAAAAUGCACAGAAUCAUGAAAAAAUGGGAAGUGCUCUUUGGGACAUAUUUAGGAGAGAAGAUGUUCCUAAGUUAGAAGAGUAUCUGAAAAAGUAUUCCAAAGAAUUUAGACAUAUUUUUUGCUGUCCAGUUACUAAUGUUUAUAACCCGAUACAUGACCAAACAUUCUAUUUAACUGCAGAGCAUAAAAGAAAACUCAAAGCUGAAUUUGGGGUAGAGCCAUGGACAUUUUUUCAAAAUCUAGGAGAAGCGGUGUUUAUUCCCGCGGGUUGUCCUCAUCAAGUUCGGAAUCUAAAGUCGUGCACAAAAGUGGCAGUUGACUUUGUGUCACCAGAGAACAUCGGUGAGUGUUUGCGUCUGACCGAGGAGUUUCGCCAACUUCCCAAGAACCACGGAAGCAGAGAGGACAAACUUGAGAUAAAGAAGAUGCUGAUCUACGCUUUGAAGAAAGCAUUUGAAGAACUAGAAACAGUAUCAGAAGAGACUCAUAUGCCGCCUCUGCCGGAUUCGGCUCAGGCGCCGGAAGCUGUACAUGCGGAGCCGCCUGGCGAAAUCCCCAAAUCUCCGCCUUCACUAGAGCUAGUAUCAGAAGAGACUCAUAUGCCGCCUCUGCCGGAUUCGUCUCAGGCGCCGGAAGCUGUACAUGCGGAGCCGCCUGGCGAAGUAUCAAAAGAGACUCAUAUGCCGCCUCUGCCGGAUUCGGCUCAGGCGCCGGAAGCUGUACAUGCGGAGCCGCCUGGCGAAAUCCCCAAAUCUCCGCCUUCACUAGAGCUAGUAUCAGAAGAGACUCAUAUGCCGCCUCUGCCUGAUUCGUCUCAGGCGCCGGAAGCUGUACAUGCGGAGCCGCCUGGCGAAAUCCCCAAAUCUCUGCCUUCACUAGAGCUGCAUGUCAUAUCCGAUCAAAUGGAGAGUCCCUUUGAAGACGACGAUGUUCCAUGCAAUCUCCCACAGCGCCUGUUCAGUGAGGGAAGUUGCCCUGAUGGUCUGAGGCUUAACAUAUUUUCGAAAGCAACUGUCAUUGGAAAAUUAGCAGAGGUUUUGAAAGGGACUAAGACUUUGAAAAGGUUAUUAGAAUCCCAGUUUGGGAAGUUAUUUAAACUUCCAACUCAAUGGUGCGUCAACUCUACGAAGCUAAUCCACGCACUCUUUUGUCGCCAACUUCUAACCAGAAAAAGGUACGAGAUGUGGAUGCUCUUCGGUGGAAAGCCUCUCAGAUUCUCUCUUCGGGAAUUGCACAGUAUUUCGGGUUUGUGCUGUGGGCCAUUCCCAUCUCCUGAUCUUAUGACCGCCGGCAAGGACCUAGGAACAUCACAGUGGGACUUACUGUUUGGAGUAGGCGAGAGUAAAACGGUGCAUGUAUCAGACAUCCUUGAAAUGUUGACAAACCCGAAGCUCGACGAAUGGAAAAAAUUACCUUUGGCUCUUUUAGUUCUGAUCGACGGCGUGGUUAUGUGCAACCACAAAGCGCUAAAGAUCACUGCGGCUUACGUUAAUAUGACUCAUGAUGUCGAAGGUUUCCUUGAAUAUCCAUGGGGAAGAAAGAGUUUAAUUCAAACUUUCAGGGACUUUGGCCCUCCUCUCAUAGACCCUAAAUUGCCUCACAAGGCUAAUGCUGUUGCUAUGAAUUUGCAACGGAGUAACAAUAAUUUCUUCGGUUUCCCCCUCCCUUUGCAGCUUCUAGCCUUUGAAGCCAUACCAAAGCUUCAAUCAUAUAUUCCCUGUAGACACUUGACUACAUAUCUUGAAAAUCUUGACAGUAUGCAAGAUCUCGAACUCCCUAAAACUAUCCUCUCAAUGAUGGACAUCCUAAAAGUAGAACGUGAUUCUGAGUUGGUUGUCCGGCCGAUGGUGAACGGAGCUUAUGACUUGGAGGACUCGUACUUCAUGUUUGAUGAUGAGGUUGAGGACAACAGUGUUGAAAUGCUGAAAUGCCAACUAGCUUCGGGUGGACCCAUCCUUGCUUCGGAAUUCCAAUGUGGGGACACAUCUUUCACUCCAUGUCCAAUUGAUGGCAAACAUCAGGGGGUACCGGCAGCUUCAGAACCAACCGGUCAGGGAACAAAGAAAAAAAAGGCUGCCUCAGGCGUUACAAUUCAGACAGGUGUUGGUGAAAAGACCCGGCAAAGCAGUAAAAGAAGAAAACUCCCUGUGAAAACUGCUUCCACUGGAUCAGGCUCCCAACCAUCAGAUUUAUAUUCUAUCAUUUCUGACUUGAAGGCUGAGAUGAUUGAAAGGGAAGAAAAAUACGCACAAGAAGUUUUGAAGCUGAAAGAAGACCUGAAGGCUGCGAUGAUUGAAAGGGAUGAAAAACACGAACAAGAAGUGUUGAAGCUGAAAGAAGACCUUAAGGCUUGGAUGAUAGAGAUGAGUAUCAAAUUUCACUUUCUCAAGAGGUUGUUGAGUUCUGCAAAUCUCCGACCAAUGGGUGGUGGAACUCCGGCUGAGGAUCGGUCAGAGAUUGCGCUCUUCAAAGUCAAGAAGAAAAUUCCGUUCCAAGGAGAGAACUCGAUUCUAGAGUUCACAUCAAUCCUGGUUUGUCCGAAGAAGCUAGUCGAGCUUCGAAACUACCCCCCUCGGUUGGUGCAAUGCAAUAUGUUUGCAAAAAUUGCUGAUGACGUUUACGAUAUUCUCGAAGGGAUAUGGGCAGGUCACAACGUAUUGAAUUUUGAUUGUCCAAGGAUAAGAGAAGCAUUUGUUGAGAUAGGACGAAAUCCACCAGAGCCAAGGGGUAUCAUUGACUCGUUGGCGUUGCUUACUCAAAGAUUUGGAUUGAGAGCUGAUGAUAUGGAGCUCGCGGAAUGGGCUGCCUACUUUGGACUUUGUAACCAGACGCAUUCGAGUCUGGACGAUAUCAGGAUGAAUUUCGAGGUUCUCAAGUGUUGUGCGACUGUCUUGUUCUUGAAGUCAAAUCUUCCCGAUAAACUUAUAGAGUACUCCGAAGACUGUACGAAUAUCAACAAAUCUUCCGCUGAUUGGAAGACCGGAGAGAACUCAAACGCAGAAGCUCAAACGAAUCUAUUUGAUAUGAGCACUUUGAGGAAGGAAAUUCCCACGGACAUUGUUGCCUCUGAGGGUACUGGUGACCAGGAAAGAUUCUUGGAUCUAGAUGAAAUAUCAAUUCCAAGCAUCACAGCAACUCAUGUCGGAAGCCAAAGAAAGAAACUACAGCUCUUCCUUAGGGACAGACCCCUUCGUCUCCAUUGUCCUGGUCUGGAAGUGUACUUUGGGAUCAAUUUCAAAUUUCAGGAUACUGCUGGGAGACCAAAGUUGAACUUUGUAGUUAAUUUGAAUCCAAGUCUCUGUAAUGUACUGCAAGAAUGCGACAGUGCUGCACAUGCAGCAUCUAUUGAUUCAGGCAGCAUUUCUGAGUGGAACCCAGUAAUCAUCCCAAUAAGAUUUUCAAGCGAUCCUACCGCAAGGAUUCAUAUACCGGCAAAGUAUUCUGGAACUGGAGACGGGUAUGCAGCUGAGAUACACAAGAGAGAAUCCUCUGGAGUUACCAUUUUGAGGAACCCAAAAGCUGAGGACCUCAAAGACAUGGUAAAACCAGGAACCGUCCUUGAUGCCUUCUUGUCUUUGGAGCCAUAUGAUUAUAUGGAGAGAGCUGGAAUCCGUCUAGUUGCUAAAAAGCUUGUGAUCCACUAGCUUCUCUUUCAUUGCCUUUAACUUCUCAUGUAGCUUCUCCUUCUCUUUCUGUAAAACCGUUUCAUUUAGCUUCUCUUUCAUUGUAACUGAGUAACUAAGAUAAGUAAACCGUCUCACUAAAU